AUGGCAAUGGAGUGUAAUGACGAGACGGUGCGACUGAUACGGGCAGCUGGCGGAGAGGCACACGCGUAUACCUGCGAUCUCUCGAAGCGUGAAGAGGUGUACAAGACCGCUGAACGGGUCAAACGCGAGGUCGGCAAGGUCAGCAUUUUAGUUAACAAUGCCGGCAUGGUCAUCGGAAAUCGCCUGCUGGAGAUUCCAGACAAGCUGAUCGAGAAGACGUUUGAGGUCAACACGCUCGCUCACUUCUGGACUUGCAAGGCGUUCCUGCCGGACAUGAUCGCCUCCAAGAGGGGCCACGUGGUGAACAUCGCCAGCCUGGCCGGUAUGCAGGGCAUGAGCCGCCUCACCGACUACUGCGCCUCCAAGUUCGCCGCCGUCGGCUUCCACGAGUCGCUCACCGUUGAGCUGAAGGUGGGAGGCCACGACGAUGUGCACACCACUGUCAUCUGCCCGUUCUUCAUCAACACGGGAAUGUUUGAUGGCGCCAAGUCAACUGUGAUCCCGUUCCUGGAGCCGGAGUAUGUGGCGGAUCAGAUCGAGACUGCCAUCUUGCUGAACAAGGAGCACGUCAUCAUCCCGGGCUACCUGACGCCGCUGUUCUUCUUCAAGCUGGUACUGGGCUACAACACCCUGUUCGAGAUCGCUUACGCCCUGAAGCUGACGGACGUCAUGGAGGGCUUCCAGGGGCGCAAGUGGUCCCCACCGGUCCCGCUCAUGAAUGGCGCUGGCAGCAGGACGUCUCACAACGGUUCGGCCAGCCCUCCACCGUCCGAGCACAAGUAGUGCGGCGACCGUGCCUGCAGACCGUGCUGCCACAGUCCCCGGCGGUGACCGUGCUGCCACAGUCCCCGGCGGUGACCGUGCUGCCGCAGUCCCCGGCGGUGACCGAGCCGCCACAGUCCUCGGCGGCGACCGUGCUGCUACAGUCUCCGGCGGUGACCGUGCCGCCACAGUCCCUGACGGUGACCGCGGCCCACAGUCCCCGGUCCCCGGCGGUGACCGA